CAGCUUGCCUUUUCCUGGCAUUUUCUCCUCCAUGGUGUAUGUGGACGGAAAGACACAGAAAUUGGUGAAACAAUACAGCAGCUCCCAAGCCAGGCUUUAAUCAGCAGCCACAGGUUCUUGUUCUGCAGUCAGUGCUGUUGCUCUUCACUGGAAGGGAGGACCACUCGAAGGUAGAGGCUCCCUGCAGGGUGGCGGUGCAAGCCAUCGUCGGUGGCAGGACCACAAUUCCGACCCAACGGGUGGUUUUGGCAACACGCUCCGGAUUGGAGCCCGAAGGGAGGGGAGGGAGAGAACGGGACGGUUCCCAGGCAGAGGCGGCAGUGACCCCUGGAACGACCGUGCCCUUCUGGCCUCUCCGGGGCGUGCCCGGCCGCUCUCUAUUUAGAGCGGGACGGCAGCGCGGUGGUGGCAGCAGCGGAACAGGGGCGAGGGUGCCUCUGCACACCCCACGUCUCCCCGCUCCGCUGCGCCCUGCGCUGAGCCAGACCAGCUGCACCGUCGUGUCCUGACCGAAGGUUCCUGGGAUGGCGUGUGGCAAGAGGGACCCCAAGCCUGGCGACCUGAUCGAGAUCCAGCGAUCAGGUUUCCAGCACUGGCCCCUCUACUUGGGGGAUGGAUAUGUCAUCCACGUGACGUCCGAAGAUGAAAGCAUCCCACCCCUGUCAGCUGGCAUUGUGGCAAUAUUGAGGAAAAAGGCCAAGGUGAAGAUGCAGCUCCUGAAGGACGUGGUGGGAAAUAAUGGCUUCAGGGUCAACAACAAGUAUGACCACUCCUGCCCUCCCUUCUCGGUGAAGGAUAUCAUCCGGCGUGCUGAGAGAUACAUUGACACGGAGGUGCCCUGUGAUUUGCUUGAGAGCAACUGUGAGCACUUUGUGACAAUGCUCCGCUAUGGUGAGAGGGUCUCCAUCCAGGCCAAGAGAGCAAUUCGAAGUGGGAGCUCUUUCACUAGGAAAUUGUUCACAGUUGCACUUGGUGGUGCAGCUGUGGCUGCUGCUCCUGCUGGUUCUGUUGCGGUUGUUGUUGCUGCUGCUAGUGCUGCUUUGGCUGACAGAAUUCUGAGGGCCUUUAUCUGAUAGGCAUUCAGGAAAAAGAGGAAAAGAGCUACUGAUGGGCCAUUUGAAACACCUCCAAGCUAGGCAGGGAGCCCCUGGCUGUGGGUGGUCAUUGCCCAGUAUUUGCCACACCUGAUACCAAAGACUACCAGCAACUUUGCUGCCCUUCCUGCAAUAAUUAAUAAUUAAAAUGUAAUCUAAACAAACAAACUCAUGUUGACCUAAAUUCCUCUUCUAUCUAUUUGAGUAUAGUUUUGUGUGCAAGUGCAACAAUUCAGCCUUGCUUCUCUCUUCCAUUCCAUUAAGAAAUAACAAGUCAAGAGUGGAAGGUGAUUGCCAGCAGCAUUAACCUAUUUGCCACAUUUGCUUUUAUGGGAUGACUUUAUGCCUGGGAUGAUUUUUGUGACAGUCUGAGAGCACUUGAAAGAAAAUUUUCUGUUCUUCCCCCGCCCCAAAUCUCCAGUGUUUUGCUGAGGACUGGUGCAGGCUUUCUAUCCAACCACCCUGUUUUCAUCAGCUACAGACUGGGGGCUAUUUCUGUGAAUAUCUGAUUUUAACCUUACCUUUCUGAAAAAAAAAAAUUAAAGUAUUGCUGAGGGUUUACUGUGUGUCCUCCAGCUGAGAGCCUGUGUAAAUGGAAAAUUACCAGUUCCCAGGCCUGCAAAAGGGCAGACAAGGCAUGUGCAGCAUCUUGGAGCCUGUGCUGCCUGCAGGAUCUAAACUGAGCAGCUCCUAGGAGGGUGGGAGAUAGGAAGGAAGGGCAGGUAACGUAGGCUGUAUCCCUCAGUGUUUUCAAGCAGUGCUCUGAUUCAGACAGGAUGGUGUUCUGUUCAUUUUCUCCCUGCCUGGAAAGUGUCCCUUUCCCUGGCUAUUCUAACUCCCUCUGGGAGCAACAGACCCCCAAGUCUGGGGAGGUCUGACAACAAUACCCAGCUGACUCCUUCUCAGACAGCUGUUUGUUCCACCGUGCCAUCACACUUUCCCUCUUCACCUCUAUAAGCCCACUGAUUGUUGGCAUUAGGCCUGAGCAAGUUUACUAGAUGAUUGUUAACGUGCCUUCCAACCAACCCAUUCUAUGAUUCUACUCUUUGGGCUGCCAAAACACUGGAGCUUAGAAAAAGACCACUGGAGAUGACAAGGGCAGCCAGGAGCCUUUGUCUCCCAGAUCUGGGACCAUUGUCUCUUCAGUGACCACAAGUGGAUUUUAAGCAGUUCAUAGUCAGCACAUCAAUCUUUCCCCAGCCAGCAGAAAGGCAAAGCUGGGAUCCCUGCAGUGCUGGGGGUGAUGGCUGUGGAGAAUGAGCUGUCAGGCAUCUAUUGCUCAUCUCCCAAUAUCCUGAGCGCUGCUGUUUCCUUGUCACAAAGCUGAUGUGUGGAUUGUCUGAGAAGAAAACUCUUUUGGGAAAGUCUGGUUUGCUUCUGUUUACCUGGAGUAUCUGGCCUAAGUGUUCCCUACAGCCCACCUGCAAGAAAUAGACUCCUGUGUUGCUUUUAUUUCAGGCAAGUGCCUGGCCUGUCAGGAGAGAUGAGAGCAAAACAGCUUCUGUAAGAGGCUUGCUGGUUUUGUCUGCUCGACACAUCUUGGCAAGGUUUAAUCCCAGACAGCAACUAAGGACUAGAGAGCCAAUUGGUCACUCCCCUACCAGCAGGACUAGGGAGAGAACCAGAAGAGGUGAAGGGAAAAAACUUGUGGGUUCAAACAAACAUGGCUCAGGAACUAAAUCAAAAACCACGCACACAAGCAAAGCAAGACAAGGACUUAAGUCAACAGUUUUUUCAGUGUUAGUUUUUUAAGGUUUGAAAUAACAAAGCUAAGACUUCUGGUCAUGUUUUGUAGAGCCCCUUGUUAUUCCAUUUAAAUAAAGUUCUUUCUUUUAACACAGGAAAACAUUCUCCUAAAACUGAAACUGAAAGUCCUUUCUUGAUUCCUGGAAAUGUGAUCAAAACUGCUUUCCUGCCUAAACUAUUUUGGUGGUUUGACAGCAAUCCCUGAGCUUUAAGCUUUCCGUAUUCAGAGCAUUGUCUGCAACACCUAGCAAGGGAGCACUGUGUGAGAGCAGCACAUGCACCUCUCCCAUGUCUAAUUCAGCCUGGAAAGGGCAACAAUACUGCCAUUACUUCAGCUGGUGAAUUUUCUUGUACUUCUUGGAAACUGUAGCGUUUCACUGAAUGCAGGGGUUUGCUCCAGUACCGUGCUUGUCUGUGCAGUCAGGCUCAGGCUGAUUAUUAUUUGGUUGCAUUUCCAUCAAGCCUGGUGGGUGCACUGACAGGAUUUGGCCGAGCACUGCCUGAACCACGAGGUAAGUGCGUGAGGAGGAGCAGCAGAAUCCAUCACUUGCCAUAGAGUUGGUUUUGCUCAAGAUGACCUCAGAGCUGGAAGAUCCUAAGAAUAUUUAGUGUGGGAAUAUUCACGCAUUGUGCUUGCUUUUGGCUGUUUUCUGUUUGCUUUGAGAAGUGGAGUUUCUGCAGGAGAUGACAAUGUUGCAAAAAAGACUUAAAACUCAUCCUUCAGAGGCCUGGGCUUUCUGGUGUUGGUUGAAGAGGGAUAAGAAGCUCAGAGACUGUAAGACAACUUUUACAGAGCAAGCUACUGCAUUAUAAAAUUAUAUUAUGAUAACAUGUUUAUUAUUAUAGUAUUAUAUUAUUAUGCUUAUGUAAUUGACUGGGUAGAUUAUCAUAAAUAUUAAAAUAAUAAUGUAAUAGAUAAAAAAUUGUGUAAGGAAUGUGUAAGAAAAAGUCACUUGCCCCUAUUUCUGAGGGGGAAAUCCAAAAGGAUAA